AUGAAAGAACAACAGAAGAAAAUUGCUACUUUCCGGGUGGAAUUAAAAAAUGACCCCGCUUACAAAUUAUUUAGUGAAGAACAAAGCGUUAACUUGAUGAAUAUUGUUGGAAUGAUUGUGCGUGGCGAAAGUGAUUUUUUGGUAAUUAAAAAAGAGGAAGAAAAAAAAGAAAAGGAGGAAAGUCAAAAAUAUUUAGGAUUUAUCCCCAAAAAAUAUGGAAAGAAACUUGUUGAAUUAAAUAGCAAAACAGAGGAACAACAAGAAGAAAUUGAUACUAAAUUAAACAAUCCUAAUAAUCCUAAGGUAAUUGAAGAGAUUGAGAAUAUAAUAGCGGGAAUUAAAAAGGAGAUUCGAAGUAGGAUUGAAUUAAUUAAAGAAGGAAAGAUUUCUGAAUCACCUACAAUUAGCGAAUUAGAAAAGGUUUUAGAAUAUACUACUUAUGACCAGUUUAAUAACUUUUAUACAAAAUAUAAAAAUGAAUUAGAUGCAAUUGUAUAUGUUAAGCAAGGUUUAAUAGGUUUUAAUGUUUACAUUAAUUACCGAACUUAUGGCUUCAAAAGGGAAAAAGAAAAUGAACGAUUAAAAAAACAAGAGGAACGAGAUGCAAAAGACCAAUUAGACCGAGACAUAGCUGAAAUGCAAAAAGAAGCUUUGGAAGGUAAAAUUUUACGAGCCGAAGAUGUUGAACAUUUAGGAAUAAUAGAACACGGUCAAAUUGCUUGCACUAAAUGUAAUGCUUGCGAUAAUUGCCGUGAUGGUGAAGAAUGCUUAGAGAUGAAACCUUGCCUUAUUUUUUCCGAUGAAGUUAAUGAAUAUUUACGUAAUGUUCUCCAAGCCAUGACUAAUUUUAUAAAUAAGGAAGAUUUGGAGCCUGAUGGUUACAGUGAUAGUUAUUCUCCUUUUUUAAAAAGACAUAAUGCAGUAUUAUAUGGAGCACCUGGCACUGGUAAAACCGUAAUGAUUAACGAAAUAAUUCACCAUUUACAGGAAAAAUUUGGGGAUCCCCAUAAUGAAAUUAGUGACAAAAAAAAAGAGAUAAAAAAACUGGAACAGCAAUUAGACCAAUUAAAGGCUAAGGCCAAGAUUGUUGGUAAUAAAAAUCCCAAAGAAGUAACACCAGAAGAUAAAUUAUUAGACAAACAAAUAGAUGAAUUAAGAAAGCAAAUAGAUAAAAAAAACCAAGAACUCCAAAAAUUGCAAGACACAUAUAAAGUUCCACCGGUCUUUAAAAUUGAUGGUGCCAAACUCGAAACGGCCGGAGAAGCAAUGGGGCAACCCCAAAUCGAAGAUAAACUAAUCAAAAUUAUUGAAAUGUGUAAAAAAGAAGCUUUUAAUGGCAAAACUUAUUCUGAUGAACCUUACAUUGUUUUUGUGGAAGAAGCCGACCAAGGAAAAAAUGUUUUGACCGCUGGGAAAAAUAAUUUAUUAGAAGGAUAUAAAAAUUUCCUAUCUACUAGCGAAGAUAAAUUAGGUUUAAAAGCCAAAGCCCAAGACCCUAAUUCAAUUAUUCUUAUUGCUACAAAUAACUUUGACCAAAUCGACCCCGCGGUCAUGAGAAGAGGAAGAUUAGGAGAAAAAUUGAACUUCAACUGA